UCUUCUUCUUCUUCUUCUUCUUCUUCUUCUUCUUCUUCUUCUUCUUCUUCUUCUUCUUCUUCUUCUUCUUCUUCUUCUUCUUCUUCUUCUUCUUCUUCUUCUUCUUCUUCUUCUUCUUCUUCUUCUUCUUCUUCUUCUUCUUCUUCUUCUUCUUCUUCUUCUUCUUCUUCUUCUUCUUCUUCUUCUUCUUCUUCUUCUUCUUCUUCUUCUUCUUCUUCUUCUUCUUCUUCUUCUUCUUCUUCUUCUUCUUCUUCUUCUUCUUCUUCUUCUUCUUCUUCUUCUUCUUCUUCUUCUUCUUCUUCUUCUUCUUCUUCUUCUUCUUCUUCUUCUUCUUCUUCUUCUUCUUCUUCUUCUUCUUCUUCUUCUUCUUCUUCUUCUUCUUCUUCUUCUUCUUCUUCUUCUUCUUCUUCUUCUUCUUCUUCUUCUUCUUCUUCUUCUUCUUCUUCUUCUUCUUCUUCUUCUUCUUCUUCUUCUUCUUCUUCUUCUUCUUCUUCUUCUUCUUCUUCUUCUUCUUCUUCUUCUUCUUCUUCUUCUUCUUCUUCUUCUUCUUCUUCUUCUUCUUCUUCUUCUUCUUCUUCUUCUUCUUCUUCUUCUUCUUCUUCUUCUUCUUCUUCUUCUUCUUCUUCUUCUUCUUCUUCUUCUUCUUCUUCUUCUUCUUCUUCUUCUUCUUCUUCUUCUUCUUCUUCUUCUUCUUCUUCUUCUUCUUCUUCUUCUUCUUCUUCUUCUUCUUCUUCUUCUUCUUCUUCUUCUUCUUCUUCUUCUUCUUCUUCUUCUUCUUCUUCUUCUUCUUCUUCUUCUUCUUCUUCUUCUUCUUCUUCUUCUUCUUCUUCUUCUUCUUCUUCUUCUUCUUCUUCUUCUUCUUCUUCUUCUUCUUCUUCUUCUUCUUCUUCUUCUUCUUCUUCUUCUUCUUCUUCUUCUUCUUCUUCUUCUUCUUCUUCUUCUUCUUCUUCUUCUUCUUCUUCUUCUUCUUCUUCUUCUUCUUCUUCUUCUUCUUCUUCUUCUUCUUCUUCUUCUUCUUCUUCUUCUUCUUCUUCUUCUUCUUCUUCUUCUUCUUCUUCUUCUUCUUCUUCUUCUUCUUCUUCUUCUUCUUCUUCUUCUUCUUCUUCUUCUUCUUCUUCUUCUUCUUCUUCUUCUUCUUCUUCUUCUUCUUCUUCUUCUUCUUCUUCUUCUUCUUCUUCUUCUUCUUCUUCUUCUUCUUCUUCUUCUUCUUCUUCUUCUUCUUCUUCUUCUUCUUCUUCUUCUUCUUCUUCUUCUUCUUCUUCUUCUUCUUCUUCUUCUUCUUCUUCUUCUUCUUCUUCUUCUUCUUCUUCUUCUUCUUCUUCUUCUUCUUCUUCUUCUUCUUCUUCUUCUUCUUCUUCUUCUUCUUCUUCUUCUUCUUCUUCUUCUUCUUCUUCUUCUUCUUCUUCUUCUUCUUCUUCUUCUUCUUCUUCUUCUUCUUCUUCUUCUUCUUCUUCUUCUUCUUCUUCUUCUUCUUCUUCUUCUUCUUCUUCUUCUUCUUCUUCUUCUUCUUCUUCUUCUUCUUCUUCUUCUUCUUCUUCUUCUUCUUCUUCUUCUUCUUCUUCUUCUUCUUCUUCUUCUUCUUCUUCUUCUUCUUCUUCUUCUUCUUCUUCUUCUUCUUCUUCUUCUUCUUCUUCUUCUUCUUCUUCUUCUUCUUCUUCUUCUUCUUCUUCUUCUUCUUCUUCUUCUUCUUCUUCUUCUUCUUCUUCUUCUUCUUCUUCUUCUUCUUCUUCUUCUUCUUCUUCUUCUUCUUCUUCUUCUUCUUCUUCUUCUUCUUCUUCUUCUUCUUCUUCUUCUUCUUCUUCUUCUUCUUCUUCUUCUUCUUCUUCUUCUUCUUCUUCUUCUUCUUCUUCUUCUUCUUCUUCUUCUUCUUCUUCUUCUUCUUCUUCUUCUUCUUCUUCUUCUUCUUCUUCUUCUUCUUCUUCUUCUUCUUCUUCUUCUUCUUCUUCUUCUUCUUCUUCUUCUUCUUCUUCUUCUUCUUCUUCUUCUUCUUCUUCUUCUUCUUCUUCUUCUUCUUCUUCUUCUUCUUCUUCUUCUUCUUCUUCUUCUUCUUCUUCUUCUUCUUCUUCUUCUUCUUCUUCUUCUUCUUCUUCUUCUUCUUCUUCUUCUUCUUCUUCUUCUUCUUCUUCUUCUUCUUCUUCUUCUUCUUCUUCUUCUUCUUCUUCUUCUUCUUCUUCUUCUUCUUCUUCUUCUUCUUCUUCUUCUUCUUCUUCUUCUUCUUCUUCUUCUUCUUCUUCUUCUUCUUCUUCUUCUUCUUCUUCUUCUUCUUCUUCUUCUUCUUCUUCUUCUUCUUCUUCUUCUUCUUCUUCUUCUUCUUCUUCUUCUUCUUCUUCUUCUUCUUCUUCUUCUUCUUCUUCUUCUUCUUCUUCUUCUUCUUCUUCUUCUUCUUCUUCUUCUUCUUCUUCUUCUUCUUCUUCUUCUUCUUCUUCUUCUUCUUCUUCUUCUUCUUCUUCUUCUUCUUCUUCUUCUUCUUCUUCUUCUUCUUCUUCUUCUUCUUCUUCUUCUUCUUCUUCUUCUUCUUCUUCUUCUUCUUCUUCUUCUUCUUCUUCUUCUUCUUCUUCUUCUUCUUCUUCUUCUUCUUCUUCUUCUUCUUCUUCUUCUUCUUCUUCUUCUUCUUCUUCUUCUUCUUCUUCUUCUUCUUCUUCUUCUUCUUCUUCUUCUUCUUCUUCUUCUUCUUCUUCUUCUUCUUCUUCUUCUUCUUCUUCUUCUUCUUCUUCUUCUUCUUCUUCUUCUUCUUCUUCUUCUUCUUCUUCUUCUUCUUCUUCUUCUUCUUCUUCUUCUUCUUCUUCUUCUUCUUCUUCUUCUUCUUCUUCUUCUUCUUCUUCUUCUUCUUCUUCUUCUUCUUCUUCUUCUUCUUCUUCUUCUUCUUCUUCUUCUUCUUCUUCUUCUUCUUCUUCUUCUUCUUCUUCUUCUUCUUCUUCUUCUUCUUCUUCUUCUUCUUCUUCUUCUUCUUCUUCUUCUUCUUCUUCUUCUUCUUCUUCUUCUUCUUCUUCUUCUUCUUCUUCUUCUUCUUCUUCUUCUUCUUCUUCUUCUUCUUCUUCUUCUUCUUCUUCUUCUUCUUCUUCUUCUUCUUCUUCUUCUUCUUCUUCUUCUUCUUCUUCUUCUUCUUCUUCUUCUUCUUCUUCUUCUUCUUCUUCUUCUUCUUCUUCUUCUUCUUCUUCUUCUUCUUCUUCUUCUUCUUCUUCUUCUUCUUCUUCUUCUUCUUCUUCUUCUUCUUCUUCUUCUUCUUCUUCUUCUUCUUCUUCUUCUUCUUCUUCUUCUUCUUCUUCUUCUUCUUCUUCUUCUUCUUCUUCUUCUUCUUCUUCUUCUUCUUCUUCUUCUUCUUCUUCUUCUUCUUCUUCUUCUUCUUCUUCUUCUUCUUCUUCUUCUUCUUCUUCUUCUUCUUCUUCUUCUUCUUCUUCUUCUUCUUCUUCUUCUUCUUCUUCUUCUUCUUCUUCUUCUUCUUCUUCUUCUUCUUCUUCUUCUUCUUCUUCUUCUUCUUCUUCUUCUUCUUCUUCUUCUUCUUCUUCUUCUUCUUCUUCUUCUUCUUCUUCUUCUUCUUCUUCUUCUUCUUCUUCUUCUUCUUCUUCUUCUUCUUCUUCUUCUUCUUCUUCUUCUUCUUCUUCUUCUUCUUCUUCUUCUUCUUCUUCUUCUUCUUCUUCUUCUUCUUCUUCUUCUUCUUCUUCUUCUUCUUCUUCUUCUUCUUCUUCUUCUUCUUCUUCUUCUUCUUCUUCUUCUUCUUCUUCUUCUUCUUCUUCUUCUUCUUCUUCUUCUUCUUCUUCUUCUUCUUCUUCUUCUUCUUCUUCUUCUUCUUCUUCUUCUUCUUCUUCUUCUUCUUCUUCUUCUUCUUCUUCUUCUUCUUCUUCUUCUUCUUCUUCUUCUUCUUCUUCUUCUUCUUCUUCUUCUUCUUCUUCUUCUUCUUCUUCUUCUUCUUCUUCUUCUUCUUCUUCUUCUUCUUCUUCUUCUUCUUCUUCUUCUUCUUCUUCUUCUUCUUCUUCUUCUUCUUCUUCUUCUUCUUCUUCUUCUUCUUCUUCUUCUUCUUCUUCUUCUUCUUCUUCUUCUUCUUCUUCUUCUUCUUCUUCUUCUUCUUCUUCUUCUUCUUCUUCUUCUUCUUCUUCUUCUUCUUCUUCUUCUUCUUCUUCUUCUUCUUCUUCUUCUUCUUCUUCUUCUUCUUCUUCUUCUUCUUCUUCUUCUUCUUCUUCUUCUUCUUCUUCUUCUUCUUCUUCUUCUUCUUCUUCUUCUUCUUCUUCUUCUUCUUCUUCUUCUUCUUCUUCUUCUUCUUCUUCUUCUUCUUCUUCUUCUUCUUCUUCUUCUUCUUCUUCUUCUUCUUCUUCUUCUUCUUCUUCUUCUUCUUCUUCUUCUUCUUCUUCUUCUUCUUCUUCUUCUUCUUCUUCUUCUUCUUCUUCUUCUUCUUCUUCUUCUUCUUCUUCUUCUUCUUCUUCUUCUUCUUCUUCUUCUUCUUCUUCUUCUUCUUCUUCUUCUUCUUCUUCUUCUUCUUCUUCUUCUUCUUCUUCUUCUUCUUCUUCUUCUUCUUCUUCUUCUUCUUCUUCUUCUUCUUCUUCUUCUUCUUCUUCUUCUUCUUCUUCUUCUUCUUCUUCUUCUUCUUCUUCUUCUUCUUCUUCUUCUUCUUCUUCUUCUUCUUCUUCUUCUUCUUCUUCUUCUUCUUCUUCUUCUUCUUCUUCUUCUUCUUCUUCUUCUUCUUCUUCUUCUUCUUCUUCUUCUUCUUCUUCUUCUUCUUCUUCUUCUUCUUCUUCUUCUUCUUCUUCUUCUUCUUCUUCUUCUUCUUCUUCUUCUUCUUCUUCUUCUUCUUCUUCUUCUUCUUCUUCUUCUUCUUCUUCUUCUUCUUCUUCUUCUUCUUCUUCUUCUUCUUCUUCUUCUUCUUCUUCUUCUUCUUCUUCUUCUUCUUCUUCUUCUUCU